ACUGCGGCUCAGCCGGACAAAUGUGGAAAUUGGGUCUGCUGCUCAUAAUGAUCAAUAAAAUAUGCCCGAAAACGGAAUUAGGCGCUUAUUGAAACAAGAACGCGUGUCUAACGCAUCGUAGCCUCAUCUGUCAUCCGUCAUCCCUGACGAUACCGACACUCAGCCUUUUCGGCCCGGAAAUGCCUUAUGCCAGAUUAAUGGGAUUUUAGUAAAGGUUUCUUUCUUUUUUUUUUUUUUCUCUAAACUCCUAAAAGUCAUGUCAUGAUGCUGCGAGGCCGUCGGAUUAUAAUUCAGGUAGCCUGCAUUUUUCUCGUUACCAUAACAAUUUGGAUCGGUUACCAAAGCUUCUCACCGGAAUCGUGGGAUCAAUGGAGACAUUAUAGCUUUCAUCCAGAUCAGCACGCCCCGAUAUCUCCCGCCAACACUGAAGAUAAACCACCACCACCAUCAACAACACAACCUGAAGAGAUAGUUAGUCAUAUCCCCACGAGCACACCGGAGCCUGAACCUGAGCCUGUGGCAUUGGAUUCCUCCUUCGAUACUACAUCAUAUAUCAAAGCCAUAUUCGACCCGUCAGACACUACAUUCCCUCGUUUGGAAUGCCCGGCUCCAGAUUCCGCACGAUAUGAAUACUUGAAAGCGCCAAUAGGAGACGGCGCGUCUCAGGAAUUAAAAUAUUAUUUUGCUCUUGACUUGCGGCAAUCCAUAAAAGUGUUACCUCGACUUCUAGGGUCAACCGUCGAGGCUAUUAGGUUCUUAGGUCCCUCCAAUUGUGUUUUGUCCAUAGUGGAAGGGAAUUCGAACGAUGGCACCCGUGAGGUUCUCUACGCUCUCCGACCCGAGCUAAAAGAUUUAGUGGUUACGUAUUAUGUUCAAUCGAGCGAAUUGGAUCCUGGCGCUGGGGAGAGGAUAGAAAAACUAGCGAAGCUCCGCAAUUUGGCCCUCUCGCCGUUGCUCUCUAUUGCUGGCGUGCCUGGCUACCCGAAGAUAUCUCCGCAAUCCGCCCUCGUGCCGAAUGCCAACACGACAGUCAUAUUUUUAAACGAUGUAGCGCUAUGUGUGAAUGACAUCCUCGAGCUAGCACAUCAGCGAGCCUUUCAGUCGGCUGAUAUGACCUGCGCCAUGGAUUGGACCUACGUCGGCCGCGAUCCAACCUUCUACGAUGUCUGGGUGGCGCGCACCAUACAGGGCGAUCUAUUCUUCGAUAUUCCGCCGGAUGGCAAUUGGAACAGUGCAUGGAAUCUCUUCUGGAACGACGGUACUACGAGGGGACGAUUUAGUCGGACACUUCCGUUUCAGGUUUUCGCCUGCUGGAACGGUGCUGUGACAUUCGGGGCCGGUCCAAUACUUGGCGAGCAGUCCUCUGGCGACGGGGAGAAAGAAGAAAGGAUCGAAUUUCGAGCGUCACGUGAAGGCGAGUGUCAUUCGGGAGAGCCCACGCUAUUCUGUAAGGAUCUCUGGCGGACCGGCCAUGGCCGCAUUGCCGUGGUGCCUUCGGUCAACCUCGAGUAUUCGGACGAGGCGGCAGCCAAGAUCAAGGCGCUGAAGGGAUACACAUCGCGGUGGACAGAACAAGAGGAUGCGGAAGCGAUGAAGAUCCCGUGGGUUGAGACACCCCCGGACACGAUAACGUGUAUGCCGGGCUUGGGAGAUCAGACUCGGCGACCAUGGAAUGAGACGUUUGUAUAGACUAGAUAAUCAUAUAGCGAAUGUAUUUGAUUUUAAACGAGGUAUAUCCUUC